CACGGCACGGCAGCAACCCUAGCUAACGCCGCCAACAAAGGCAGACGCAGCGAGCAGGAGCUCGGACGCGAGAGGGAGCCACCGCACCACACCAGAAAAUUCGCUUCUUUCUUCCCACGAGCUGCUGCUCCCCCCACACACACACCAAAAUUCCCCACACAUCCACCGUCCGCCCCGCCGUCCACAUCACCCCAACCCCGCCGCGGCCGCCAUGCGCAUCCGCCGCUACGCCGCGCGCCUCCUCGCGUCCUCGGCCGCCGCCUCGCCCCCGCCGCCGCCCGGCGCGGCGCCCUGGCUCCACGCCGCCGCCGACGACUGCGCCUUCUGCGACCUCACGCGCGGCUCCGACCCGCAGGUUGCUCCCGACGGGAUUAAGCACAAGGGCCACACACGCAUUGCUAGUCCGGAGCCGGAAGCCGAGAGCGACAGCGACGACCUAGCUCAGCGGCCGCCUGCCCCACAAGAAUGGGUUCCAGCUCAAAGAUGCGAGAUAGACCAUGCGCAAGGCGAGCUCAAGAGCGCCGGCCUGCCUCCACAGCCUCAUGCGCCGAAAGAAUCGAUUCCAGCUCAACGAUGCGAGAUGGAUUAUGAGCAGUCUGCGAGUGGAGAUGCCGCGGGAAUCGAAGUUACUGGGAGAGCUGCUGCGAAGCCAGAAUAUAUGGAGGAGACUACUCUUUCCAGUGAACUUGCUACUGAGCCGGCCGUCAAGCGAGGAGCUUUUGUUGUUGAUGUAGCUACUGGUGAGCAGGAAGCUGGAGGGACAACUCCUCUUGUUAAUGUCUCUGUCGCCGAUCCGGAGGCUACCGGGGAAGUUUCUCUUGUGAGUGGAUCGAUCGCUGGGCCAGAAGUUGCAAUGGGAGUUCCUUCUGCUGGUGAGGCUGCUGCUGAACGAGAAGUUCCGGAGGGAGUUUCUCUUGCGAGUGGGUCGAUCGCCGUGCCGGAAUUUAUAAUGGGAGCUUCUCUUGCUGGUAAAGCUGUUGCUCAACGAGAAGUUUCGGAGGAAGUUAUAAGGGGAGCUGCUUUUGCUGAUGAAGCUGUUGCCGAGCGAGAAGUUUACGAGGGAGUUUCUCUUGAGAGUGGGUCGGUCGCGGAGCCACAGAUUAUAGGGGGAGCUUCUCUUGCUGAUCGAGAAAUUUCAGGGGGAGUUUCUCUUUCGAGUGAAGCUACAACUGAGGCAGCCACUGUAGUCACUGCAUUGGGAGUUACAGCUGGAGUCCCCCUCGACACCGAAGGCAUUGCAGAACCAGAUUGUAUAACAGGAGCCUCUCCUGUCGAUGAAUCUGCUGCUGAAAUUGAUAAAAUGGAAGCCUCUUCUUCUGUCAAUGAAGCUGCUGCUGAAAUGGAUAAAAUGGAAGCUUCUUCUGUCAAUGAAUCUGCUGCUGAAAUGGAUAAAAUGGAAGCUUCUUCUGUCAAUGAAUCUGCUGCUGAAAUGGGUGUUACACGUCCAGGUUCCUUUGUUAUUGAAGCAGCAACUGAUCCAGGACUUCCAGAAAGAGUUUCUCUUCCCAAUGAAGCUGCUACUGAGCGAGAAGUUUCGGAAGGAGUUUCACCUGCGAGUGAAGCUGCAGCUGAGCCAGCAGAUGUAGUCACUGUGUUGAAAGUUACAACUGGAACUCCUCUCCACGGCGAAGGCGUUGCUGACACAGAUAUGGGGGCUUCUUCUGUCAGUGAAUCUGCUGCUGAAAUGGAUUUUACACUGUUAGGUUCCCUUGUUACUGAAGCUGCAACUCGUCCAGGACUUCCAGAACUAGUUCCUCUUGCCAAUGAAAAUGCUACUGAUCGAGUACUUACAGCAGGAGUUAUACUUGUGACGGAAACUGCAACUGAGUCACCAGAUAUAGUCACCGCGUCGGGAGUUACAACUGGAUCUCCCAUCGACAACGAAGGCAUUCCGGAGCCAGAUAUUAAAAUGGAAGCCCGUCUUGUCAAUGAAUCAUCUGCUGAAAUGGAUGUUAUACGGUUAGAUUCCCAUGUUAUUGAAGCUGCAGCUGAUCCAGGACACUCAGAAAGAGACUCUCUUGCUAAUAAAACUACCACUGAGCGGGAAGUUUCAGAGGGAGUAUCACUUGUGACUGAAGCUGCAACUGAGCCAGCAGAUGUAGUCACUGCAUUGGAAGUUACAACUGGAGCUCCCCUUGACAAUGCAGGCGCUGCAGUACCAGAAACUAAAAUGGAAGCUUCUCUUGUGAAUGAAUCUGCUACUCAAAUGGACUGUGUACGAUUAGGUUCCCCUACUAUUGAAGGCACAACUCAUCCAAGACUUGCAGAAAGAGUUUCUCUUGUGAGCGAAGUUGUCACUGAGGCAGGAAUCAUAGGAGCCGCUAACCUUGACACUGAAGUUUUUGUGGAACCAGAAGCUACAGGUGGGCCUUCUCUUGUAAAUGAAUGUACUGAACUGGAAAUUGCGGAGGGGGUUUCUAUUGCUAAGGAAGCUGCUGCAGAACAAGAAGUUACUGGCGAGGCUUAUGUUUGCAGUGAAGAUGCCGACGCUGCUUUAAAUAAGACACAGCCUCUUGACUGUGAUUUGGAUUGUGCCACUGUGCAGGUUGAAAAUGUAGGAGUGUCUGUUCGCGACGAAGUGCAGCCCUCUAGAGAUGAUGCAGCAGACGAGGUUGUUUCCGUAGGUUAUAUGAGCACUGGUCCUGAAAAGAGUCCAACUGCUGAUGAAGUAACACCACACGAUGACACACCCAGUAUUUCAUGUGUAUCAGGUAUAGUAGCUAGAAGCGUUGGUAAAUCAGGGAGGACUGAUAUCAUAUGUUAUGCUAGGCGCAGCGGUAAAAGAAAGCUGGAUAUGGCAGAGAUGAAGACAGAUCAGAUUGAAAUGGGUGAUGGUGACAUUUGUGAUCAAUGUGAGGAAAAGGCGACGUUGGACAUAACUGCUCCUUGCGAGAGUGCAAUGUCAACUGCUGGAUCUGCAGAAAUUAAACUUGCUGACAUAAAGAGAGACCCUGUAGACAAUUCAGCUUCAAGCAGGUGUAAAAGGAGGAAAGGACGAUAUGAAUGUGACAUUGAUUACUGCCGCAUGACAUUCAAGAAAAAAACCGAACUUUCUGUCCACAAGAAGAACAUUUGCACGGUCAAGUCAUGUGGCAAACAUUUCAGAUGCCACAAGUAUCUGAGACGCCACCAGAGCAGUCACAACGAAGAUACACCUUACAAGUGCCCGUGGGAGGAUUGCAGUAUGGCUUUCAAGUGGACAUGUUCUCUGGCUGAUCAUUUCCAGGUUCAUACAGGGGAAAAGCCCUAUAGAUGCAGGUCACCUGGGUGUAGCAAGAUAUAUAACUAUGUUUCUGACUUCAUCCGGCAUAAGAAGAGGUGCAAACCUCAGAGGUAAAAGCUUAUUCAGUAUUGCAGAGUUAGGAUAGGGGUAAAGCUCGUGCUUGCUAUUGUAGAUGGCUUCAUUAUUUUUGGAAGUUCCUUGGCCCAAUUGUUCCGAGUUCUGACAACUUAUAGCGGGGUUGUUGUUUCUUUAUUGAAGAAAAAAUGUUACAAUCUUCAGUUUAGAAGCUUCUACUGUGCUUUUCUUGAACAUCGGUGUACAUUUCCAAAUGCUGGUUGAUAAGAUCUGCAGUGUUUGUUGACA